CUCGAACGACCAGUCAACCAACCCAACCCUGUCACGGCUCGGCCACCAACUGGCGGCUUCUGAUACCCAGGACCUGUGUUUUCGGAUCCUUUUUGCAUUGAGCAAUGGCUUUCUGGCUCCAAGCAAAUAUAAUCCUCUGUGAUCACAACAAAUAACUGUGACCGUUGGCGGGUUCACAUUGUCUGCAACAUACUCUGUAUACUGGCUUUCUAUUUCCUCAAAGUUUCCAUAUGACUCUUAUCAGUUGAGUCACUGAGCUACUAUGGAAGAAAGACCCCAUUACUGCAUGUCUGCAACCCACCUGCCUGGACAUCCAGGAUAUUAGCCCUUCUUAGUUGCAUGUCAGUGUUAUUAACUAGUGGGAGUGGCUCGCUGCUGCCUUGGGGUUGUCCCCCAGGAAUAUCCCAGCCAGUCGAUCAGCCGCUUAAAAUGUGCCGAUAUAUAUACUGCGCAGUUCCUCUGCCAGGCCUCUGUGAGGGGAAUGUGAUCCUCCUUCCUUUCUGCUUGUUCUUCUUCUUUCUUUACAUCCAGAUUAUUAUAUUCUUCACAUUGCUGUGGUCACUGGCUUCAGGCAAUGCUAUGAGUUUCAUUGGAUUCUUUUACCGUGUAUAUAUUCCCUUUGCUCUCUUUCUCUUUAACCUUCUUUCUCCUCUAAGGAGUUUUGCUCCCCUACCCCUUAGAGCAAGAUGACUUUUAUAGCCUCUGCCGACAGUGAAACCAGCACGCAGCAAGCCGUACAGGAUCCAGACGAGUUCUUUUCAUCGCCUGUGGAUAUUGAGGGGGGCACCGACCCGGAUUGCUUGGUACAAUGCCGGAUAUGUCUUGAUGAUGUGUUGACAACUAAGACGGUGCAACCUUGUAGGCAGUGUUCGACGUCAUAUUGCGAUUCUUGCCUUCGCAAAUGGUUCCUCGAGGCAUGCGACGAAGAGUCUAAAAUGCCUCCAAAAUGCUGUUGUGCACUCAAUGCCGGCUUGGCCAGGAAAUACCUAUGUCAUGAAGAGUUACAGUUGUUUGUGGAGAAAUACGAUGAAGUUAGAACGACGAACAGGGUAUAUUGCCCUGUUUCGAGGUGCUCUGCAUUUAUCUCGUACAAUCUCUUCCCAAUAGAUGCUCGGCCUCUGGAGUACAACUAUCCCGACUUGAUAAAAAAGGGGAAAGCAUCGAACGGAACUGCGUCAUCUAUUCAACCAGCAACUGCCAAGGAAGCCUCACAUCCUUCGGAGGAUCGCAAGAAUUUAUCAGAUCCUAACGCCGAAAAGAUAUCACUGGUUCCAGAAGCGGUGGCCUCUCCAACCGUCGCAUGUCCUAAAUGCGCAGUGCCGAUUUGUUGCGUAUGCAAACAACUCGCACAUCCAGGUAGCCCAUGUCCAACUUCCAAAGAGGACACGGAGCUCGAGGAAGUGCUGCAAAAAUUCAAGAUAAAGCGCUGUCCAAAAUGCGGGAGAGGCAUCCGCAAGAUGUACGGCUGCCCCAAGAUGGCCUGCAUAUGCGGCUACAACUGGUGCUGGCUCUGCGGGCGACCAACUCAGAUUUGCGGAAAUAGGGAGAGUCAGUGUUCUCGUCCUGACACAAGUGACGAAGACGAGAAGACCGAAACUGAUCUUGAUUCCGGUGGAGACCAAGAAUGGGAGGAGUCUGGGUACGAUUUCGGUUCAGAACCCGAACAGGGCGCGCCCGAGCCGUGGGGAUGCCGCCAUUGUUAUAUAAUAGGGGAAAAGUGUUGGGCAGGGAUUGAAGUAGCUUGUGAGCUGUGCUGGAAGGGAGUGUUAAUACUUGAUGAUCCGAAAGGGGACCGAUGCGGUGGCGAGCCUUCGAACUCAAGAGGGCGUGGAACUGAUGAAUCUACAGAUGAGGAGACGCCGCGGCACAAGACGAUUAUUUUGCAAUGUUCUUUUUGCGAGCAAAUGGUCUGUGAAGACUGCUACGAAGCCACUGUGGUCUUUGGGCCGUGAUGGCACCAUCCAAAGCUCAGAAUAUCCAGAUAGAAGUAUUUUGAAGCGUUUUGAUACCUAGUUGUAUCCGAGAUCGUCCGGCGUUAGGACUAGGCGGUGCAUUAACAAACAUUUAUCCAGCGAUUCUUGCUAUAUUAUUUCAUGCAUUUAGC